AUAGGAGGUCACAUGUGGAUAUGUCUUCACCUGUAAUUCGGGAGGCAGAGAUCUCCAGAACAGCCCGGCGACAAAGUUCCCAUCAGAGAGCAACCACAGGUGACAACUGGACUGGUUCCAAUCCAAAGACUGUUCCUAGGACUCCUGGAUCCCUCUUGCGGCAUCAGAUGACUCCACAGCCAUGGAAUUCAUCAAAACCACCAGACAUUUCUGCAAUUAUGGGGUCAGCAGGGCGAUCACCUCGAUUGAUACAGACACCAAGCCGUUUGCGGGACAUUUCCAUGCUGUCCAAUAUGGAAGAUAGUGCAUACACAGCCUCCUUCUCCCCUCAGAGGACAGGAAUGUAUAGUGCAUUUGAUAGUCCUAGUUUCACUGAAGAUAUAACACUUAGUGCAGUUAUGAUGAAAGAAGAAGACCCAGGAGAAACUGCCACAAUGAGCCUGUAUCAGGAAUUUCUUAAUUCAUUCUUGAAGCUUCCUUCCAGUUCAGUGUUUGAGCUUAUAGAAGAAUAUGAGACUAUGUGCUGUGAGCAGGUCAGUUUACUUAAAAAGAUUGUGAGCCGUGUCACUCCAGGACAGCAGAAGUUUUCCAAAACUGCCAGUGUUCUAUGGCUUCUGCGACAAGAAAUGGUAACUUGGAGGCUCAUUGCAUCACUUUACAGAGAUCGGAUACAGUGUGCAACAGAGGAUGAAAAUAUGUUUGAUAUUGCAGCACCAAAUGCUAGUGAAAAGAUGAUAAUGGAUAAGCUGUUUGAGCGAGAUUCACUUGUUCGUCAGAGCCAGUUGGUAGUGGACUGGUUGGAAAGUAUAGCUAAAGAUGACGUUGGGGACUUCUCUGAAAAUAUUGAGUACUAUGCUAAGGCAGUAUACUGGGAGAAUACCCUGUCCUUAUUGAAAAAAAGAAGUAUCUCAGCACUAGGCAGUGGUCGUCCACUGGUCUCUGAACUGGAUCCUGAUGCCCCCAUUAGACAGAAACUUCCUCUGGAUGAUCUGGAUCGUGAAGAUGACAUUGCAUCAGACUUCUAAAAUAUCUCUUUACAUUGAUUAGAGCUGGCAUGACAGAUGAGGCCCAGCGCCUGUGUAAGAGAUGUGGUCAAUCCUGGCGAGCAGCAACACUGGAAGGAUGGAAGCUUUAUCAUGAUCCAAAUAUAACUGGAGGUGGCGAGAUGCGGCCAGUGGAAGGCAAUCCACACCGAUGUGUGUGGAAAGCUUGUUGUUGGCGCAUGGCAGAUGAUGAGCAGUUCAGCAGAUAUGAAAGAGCAAUUUAUGCAACCUUUAGUGGAAAUCUAAAGCAACUUCUUCCUGUGUGUGAAACAUGGGAAGAUACAGUCUGGGCAUAUUUCCGUGUGAUGGUCGACAGUCUGGUUGAGCAGGAGAUUAGAGCCUCGCUUAUCUCCUCUAGUGAAGAAGAUGAACUACCUAGGGAGUACUUGGAAGCACACUGGACCCUAGACAAAGUCUUUGAGGAGCUUCAGGCCACUGAUAAAAAGAGGGUGUUGGAAGAAAACAAAGAGCAUUACCACAUUAUUCAGAAGUAUAUAAUCCUUGGUGAUGUAGAUGGUUUAAUGGAUGAGUUCAGUGAAUGGCUGUCAAAAGGGAAAACGCUUCUUCUAGGUCAUCUGCUACGCUUCAUGGCACAUCUAAUAUUAUUUUUUCGAACACUGGGUCUGCAAACAAAGGAGGAAGUCUCAGUGGAAGUGCUGAAAACUUACAUACAGAGACUUGUAAAUGAUAAACACACAAAACUGAUAGCGUUCUAUGUCAGUCAUCUUCCCCAAGAGUUGGCUAUCAAACAAUAUGCUGCCUUUCUGGAGAAUGUCACAGAGCCUGAACAGCGGCAUCAGUGCCUGGAGCUCGCCAAGGAAGCAGGUUUGGAUGUUGCAACAAUAACAAAGACUGUGGUGGAAAACACACGAAAAAAAGAUAGCAGUGAAUUUACUCAUCAUGACUUUGCACCAGCCCUGGCUUCUGCCACAAGUGAGGAGGACCGUGCAAAGAUAGAUGUGAUAGAUUGGCUAGUGUUUGAUCCUGUGCAGAGAGCUGAGGCAGUAAAGCAGAGCAAUGCUAUCAUCAGGAAAUUUUUGGCAUUAAAAAAACAUGAUGCUGCAAAAGAAGUAUAUGCCAAAAUUCCCUCGGAUUCUAUA